AUGGGCAUUGCCCCGCGAAAGCAGUAUGUGGCUGUGGGCAAUCUCGAUGCUGUUCACUUCCAGGUUCUCUCCCAGUUCAAGAUCCUCGCAGCCGCCGUCUUCUCGGUCACCAUUUUGCGGCGCUCACUCCCGCCUAAGCGAUGGCUUGCACUGUUGGUACUCACCUUUGGUGUCUCGAUCGUCUGUAUACCGCACUCCGACACACACCAAACUUCCACCUCCUACAACAGCAUCCUGCUCCACCAUGAUGCCGACCACUUCUUCCCGCGAUCCGUUCACGAGCUCGGCCAGGCUGCAGCCAACGGUGCGCACCAUGUGACCAAGCGCGCUGCUCAGGUCCUUGCUCCUCGCACGCCGCUAGUCCUCCCUCGCUCCGCCACCUACCAAGGUAUGGCCGAGGACGAAGCGCGCACAAUGGCCAGCAACUACACCUUUGGAGUCUUUGCAGCCCUGAUUGCAGCUGCCAGCUCUGGACUCGCCGGUGUGUACUUUGAAAAGAUUCUCAAGGAUGCCGCCGCACCACCGAAUACCUCGAUCUGGACCCGUAAUGUGCAGCUCUCUUUCUACUCGCUCUUCCCGGCCCUUAUUAUCGGCGUCUUUUUCAAGGACGGCGCCGAAGUCCGUGAGCAUGGAUUCUUUGACGGGUAUAACUGGGUCGUGUGGACCGCCAUCUUUCUUCAGUCUGCCGGGGGUGUUCUCUCCAGCAUGUGCAUCAACUACGCCGACAAUAUUGCCCAAAACUUUGCAGCAAGCAUCAGCAUUGUCGUCAGUUUCGUUUUCAGCGUGCUCUUUUUUGAUUUUGUGUUCGGCUUCACCAUGGCCCGUCGACCGCCACCAUUGCGUAUCGCGAGCUACCAAAAGGCCGCCGUUGAUCCAAUGUACACCCCGCGGCUCGGUGACGAUCUACGGUCCACACUCGACCCGCUCGAGUCAGUCCGCAGCAUGGCCUUGUCGACGUCGCGGCCGUCGAGCCCGAUGCGCUAUCCACGCUCACCGUCUGCACGGAAUCUGAGCAAGUUCCGGGGUGACUAA